GAUUCGAAUCGAACGUUCGGACAAGUGGAGAAGCGGCGGCGGCCAAUCAGCGGCCUCGGAACGCGGGGAAUGGAACGUUGAGACACCUCCAGCCUUCCCCCCCUGCUUCACCCGCAUGCUCCUCCCCUAGCUGCUGUUGUUUGUGGUGCUCGAGGAGCCGGAGGGGCUGGGGGACAACAACAUCCGCUCCCUCGCUGCCGAUCCAAGCCGGGGGAAGGCGGAGAGGCGGCUCGAGCCAGCCCAGGGCAGCGGGGGAGCCUCGGGGAAGGAGAAGCAAGGAUUCUUUGUGGAUCUCGCCGCCCCCCCCUUCUUUACACACACACACACACACACACCAUCGCUGCCGCCGUGUGUGCCCCCCCUCCCUCCCACCAUCCUUGUUGUGGUUCCGUGUCUCGCCAUGUCCGUGAAUAUGGAGGAGCUGAGGCACCAGGUCAUGAUCAACCAGUUCGUGGUGGCCGCGGGCUGCGCGGCGGAUCAGGCGAAGCAGCUGCUGCAGGCGGCACACUGGCAGUUCGAGACUGCUUUGAGCGCAUUUUUUCAAGAAACUAACAUUCCCAACAGCCAUCACCACCAUCAGAUGAUGUGCACACCUAGCAAUACUCCAGCCACUCCACCGAACUUCCCGGAUGCUCUGGCUAUGUUUUCCAAGCUGCGGACCUCAGAGAACCUACAGAGUAGCAACAGCCCAAUCACAUCCAUGGCCUGCUCCCCACCGGGGAACUUCAGCCCUUUCUGGGCCUCCUCUCCACCCAACCACCAGCCUGCCUGGAUACCACCUUCAUCUCCAACCAGCCAUAACCUCCACCAUCACCUCCACCACCAGCAACCCAUGUGGCCACCAGUGUCUCAGCAAGGAGGAGCCCAGCAGAAAGCGAUGGCUGCAAUGGAU